AUGUUGUCUUUUUUUUUAUUGUUAUCUUUUUUUUCAACAACAACAGCAAAAACAACAGCAGCAACAACAGUGUCAACAGCAAAAUGUAGAGUUCGAUUGUCUCCAGGUAGAGUCGUGUCUUCGUCACCUCACUUCUUCACUUCAGAGUGGUCUCUCUUCCCCAAGGACGCUACUGGGUUUCAUAGAUCUUCUCUGAUAAAGACAGGAAAACCUCCAUAUUAUCCACCAGACCAUAUAGUGCUAGACUCCCUCAGCCACAAGGCCGAGGCUCCUUGUACUCACGAAGCGAACGGAAAUAAGGAGACGAGAAAAAAGCCUUCGGGUCCGACCCCCUCAUCAUUCUGCGACCGGCGCUCAGAGACCGAAGAUGAUAUAGAGGAGACCGAAGAUGAUAAAGAGACCGAAGAUGAUCUAGAAGAGACCGAAGAUGAUCUAGAAGAGACCGAAGAUGAAGAGACCGAAGAUGAUAUAGAGGAGACCGAAGAUGAUAAAAAGACCGAUGAUGAUAAAGAGACCGAAGAUGAUCUAGAAGAGACCGAAGAUGAUAUAGAAGAGACCGAAGAUGAUAUAGAGGAGACCGAAGAUGAUAAAGAGACCGAUGAUGAUCUAGAAGAGACCGAAGAUGAUAUAGAGGAGACCGAAGAUGAUAAAGAGACCGAAGAUGAUAAAGAGACCGAAGAUGAUCUAGAAGAGACCGAAGAUGAUAUAGAGGAGACCGAAGAUGAUAAAAAGACCGAAGAUGAUAAAGAGACCGAAGAUGAUCUAGAAGAGACCGGAGAUGAUCUAGAAGAGACCGAAGAUGAUAUAGAGGAGACCGAAGAUGAUAAAGAGACCGAUGAUGAUCUAGAAGAGACCGAGAUUUAA